AUGGAGACUUGUCGUCUUGGACUUCUUCUUUGGUGCUUCUAUCUCAAACUCUUACAGGCAGCUGAAAUCUUCCAACAACAACAGCAAUCAGCUCCACUCAAAGCCAGGACACCAAAAACGAAGGAGUGGAUGCCUUCAUCUUCAUCUUUUUUGGUCUCAGCUUUCACUUGGGUGCCUACCCUUAAUUUGAAUAAGGCUGAACCUGAGGGAUCGGAGCCAGCAAUGGCCUUCCUGUACUCUGGAGAUGCCCUGAGUCUCUCACAAGCCAACUGUACCCAGAGAUUUGAAAUGAGGGCUUUAGUGAAGGACUCUCGCCCUCCACCAGCCUUACAUUCCUAUCUACGCAGUGCUACUGACACCUUGACCCAUGCCACCAAUUUCCUCAAUAUGGUCUUUCAGACUAAUGACAUUCGGGAAUCCAGUGUGAAAGAGGAUGUAGAAUGGUACCAUGCCUUGGUGAGAAGUGUUAUAGAAGGGGAUUCUCAAGUUUACCGAGCCAUAUUGACUUUUGAUGCUCAUCCUUUGUCUUCCAAGCCCCAGUUGAUACUUCAAGCCACGAAGGGGAAUAAUGAGAUCUUACUUCAAGAUCUUUCUGCCUUUUCAGAGAAUCUAAGGAAUCUAACUUGGGAAAAUGAGUGGUACAAUUUCUUUAGGUUACAACGGACUCCACCGCUUUAUAAGAGAAUUCUCAGCAAUGACCUUAAGACGCUAGACACCCCCAAAUGGAGCCAAGGGGAUAGUUAUGUGAUGGAUCAGGGCUAUAUCAAAUGGUCCCCACCUUUCCUGGAAUGUGAAGAUGGAAAAUUCUUGCCCACCUGGAUGGUUACACUCUCCUCUUCGUUCUAUGGCCUCAAACCCGACCUCAAUCCAGAAUUCAAAGGGGUCAUGAGGCUGGAUGUUAAAAUCCAAAAUGUUGAUAUAAACCAGUGUGCCACUAACGGAGGAUGGUUUGCAAACACACAUCAGUGUGAUCUCAACAGCACCCAGGGAUCAAGGUCUACAAAAGACUAUCCAGUGUUGCUGAAUGUCACUACAAAGAGACAAAGUGCUUCCCAGUAUGGAGCAGUAAAUUCUGGGAAUUUGCUGCAAUGCCAUCCCUGUCAGGAAGGAUGCACCCCCUGUAUUGAUGGCAAACCAUGUCUGAUCCAGGAAGACUGGUCUCUACGGGCUAUUGUUCUUGCUUUCCAGGCCUUCUGUAUGCUGACAGUUUUCUUCAACAUGUUAAUUUCUUACCAUUAUAGGAAGAGCAAGAGGAUUCGGGCCUCAGGGGUUAUUCUUCUGGAGACAAUACUCUUUGGCUCACUCCUGCUCUAUUUUCCUGUCUUUAUCUUGUACUUCAAGCCAAGUAUCUUCCGCUGCAUUGUCCUGCGAUGGGUGCGCAUGCUGGGUUUUGCCAUUGUUUAUGGAACAAUCACUCUUAAACUGUAUAGGGUAUUAAAGAUCUUUCUGUCUCACGCGGCUCAGCGUGUCCCUUAUAUGACCAGUGGGCGAGUGCUAAAGAAACUGGCAUUGAUUCUCCUGUUGGUCCUUUGGUUUUUGGCUGCAUGGACAGUUGGGAUGCUGGAGAAUAUUGAGAAAAAUAUACCACUGGUAGUCCGUUCACAGACUCCUAGGGGCCUCCAGUUUUACAUCUGUGAUCAAGAUCGAUGGGAUUACAUGAUGGCUGUGGCUGAAAUGCUAUUCUUGUUUUGGGGAAGUUUUCUCUGCUACACUUCUCGAACAAUCCCUUCUGCUUUCCAUGAACCUCGCUACAUGUGCAUUGCUGUUCACAAUGAGCUGAUAACUUCUACCGCUUUUCAUGUUAUGAGAUUUUUAAUGGUUCCUUCCCUGCAUCCUGACUGGACGCUACUACUGUUUUUCAUCCAUACUCAUGUCACUACCACAAUGACACUUGCACUUAUUUUCAUCCCAAAGUUCCUGUAUGCAGGCUCACCCUUGAGAGAAGAAAUUGCUGCUGAGAUGUAUGAGGAUGAAUUGGAUAUUAGGCAUUCAGGAUCCUUCUUGAACAGCAGCAUCACCUCGGCAUGGAGUGAGCACAGCCUUGACCCCGAUGACAUUCGGGAUGAAUUGAAAAAGCUUUAUACCCAGCUACAAUUUCACAAGACCAAGAAGAUGACGGCCAACAACCCUCACCUUCAGAAGAAGAGAAGUUCAAAGAGGGGCUUAGGCCACACUUUGAUGAGACGUAUCACCGAGUUACCUGAAUCUAUGUCCCGCCAGUGUAGCAAAAAGGAAAAAAUUGGGUCUGUCAGUGGAAGAAGACAAAGUCAUUCUGGUUCCUAUAAGCAAAGAUGCUCAGAUUCCAGAAACCUGAGCAUGAAAUUGAAGGAGGGCUUAUCUCCCAAGCACAAAGUGGUCUUCCAAGCACAAGGUCGGAUUUCACUGAAGAAAUCUCAUAGUACCUAUGACCAACCGAGGGAUGUUAAGGCAAACAGUGAACUAACUAGAGAUGAUAGUUGCAAAGAAGCUCCUUUGUUGGAUUCAUGUAUGAGGAAAAAGCUAUCCAAGAAAGCCUCAGAGAAAUCUGACAAUGAGUCUGUUUUUUCAGCCACUCUGGUAUACAAAUCAGCCAGUGCUCAUGAUUUGUUGGCAGAUAAGAAAUCUCUGUAUCCCAAGUAUUACACUCUGCAGAAAUCCCUUAGUGUUGCCAGCAGUGAAAAAGAAAACACCUCACUGUUAACUAGAACAGCUAAUUUAGAAAAUACCUAUAAACCUGCUCAAGAGAAAGACAUAAGUGCAGUAAUGGAAGACACCAUGCCAGAAAGUGAGAAGUCCAGGCACACUGAAUUCAGUAAUGUAGUCUCAGAAAUUGAGGUGAGACAGCUGCAGAGAGAGGAUACAGCAAAAGGAAUUGAGAGACAUUUUCCGGAAGGCAAAAGCAUUAUAUGUCCAUGGGAAGCUGAGACAGACCCAUCACGACCACUAGAAAGCAGAGAUAGGAAGGAUGUAAUACCCGCUCCCAUCAGGAGCAUCAGUAUCAACAUUCCUGAUUUGCCUGAGAGAAGACCCCACACCAUUAAGAAGGUACCACCUGAACCACCCAUCAGGCAACAAAGUUUGAUUCACAACAUUGAAAGAUGUGUAGCUCGGUGGGAUGCUUACAAUCAGAAGGAACAUCCUUCUCAGUCUCCUGAAAAAGAACCCCCAAAUAUUCCAGUGUUAGUAAACACGUAUCUAACAGAAACAGAAGAGGGUUCUUCAUUAAAACCUGACAUGGAAAAGACUACGCAAGGAGAAGAUAAGGUGCCAUCUUCUUCUCGAGUGGAAUUAGCCAGGCUAGCCUCCUUUGCUGCCGACGUUUGCCCUUGGGAGGUUAUGGAAAUGCCCAUUCCAAGCAAGAAAGACCUAGAGGUGAGCGAUUCAGGUAAUCAAAACAGCUCUCCUGAGAAACAAUCACAAACCCUCAUUCCCAAAAGCUCCAUAAAAAGCUUAGGUAUAGCCAUUAAAGCAUUCAACCAUUCAAAGUUAAAGGGAAGCAUAAGUUCCAGAAAGAACAGUGAGAGCAGCGAAGCCAAAAAUGAGAAAGACAUCAGUGGAAAGCCCAAGUUGGCAGAAACAGCUUUAAUCCCUGCUGAAAGAUCAUCAAGACAAGAAGUACCCUCUAGGAGUCCUGAAUAUAGCAGGGCAAAGCAAAUCAGCAAACAAGCCACUAUCUGCCCUUGGGAUGAGGAAGAAGAAGCUUCUCCUAGCUCACAUAAAAAUAAUUUAAAUAGAAACCUUGAGUUAUGCCCUUGGGAGAUGAAGGAAGAUAUUGAGGAUAGAGUGUGUAACCUACCAGCAACAGUUUCCAAAGGUGCUAAGGAGAUCUCCCCUGACAGAUUGGAAAAGACCAAGAACCAAUGGGGAUCUAUGUGUCCCAGAGAGGGACUAGAGGAUCAAAACGGAGAGAAUAAAACUUCCGACCUCUUGUCAUUGGUUUCAAAAACAGACAAGAAGGCUGAAAUUUGUCCCUGGGAAAUCAGUGAACCAAAACUAAAAAUUGAAGCAAGUCCCUGGGAAAACAAUGAUCCCUCAACAUCAGAAAGCAGGCUUAAAGGGAAUGUAACUGAGGUUUCCAGAGAUGAGAAAAAAGGAACUGGAGAAGAAGCAUUUGUGAAAGAGAACAAUCAGAAUAGGGAAUCUAUUUGUCCAUGGGAGAACAUAGUCGGGGAAGAUGUAUUGAUCAAGUCUACAUCCAGGACCCUCAGUCUUUCCAAACUCACCUCAGGGAGUUCAGAAAGCCUGGAAAACCGAAAGACAACAGUUUGCCCCUGGGAAGCUGAAGGCACUGAGACUGCUAAUAAAGCAGAAAUCUGUCCCUGGGAAAUGUUGGCGCCUUCCAAUCAGGAUACAGAAAGAGCAACCAAGAAGACUGUAGCCAUUGGAUCUAAGUCUCCAGAAAAGGCACAUAGCUCACAAGAGACAAGUAAUCUUUGUGAAAUCUUGAAUGCUGGCCAAUUGUCAUCUGAGUCAAACGUUAAAGGCCUAAGCUCCCCCAGAUCUGGCAGUGCAGAAAACAUAUUGGCAGAAGUAUGUCCUUGGGAAAGUGUGGAUAGUCCUAAGAUUAUUUUACAGAAAGAAACAAGUCCUUCUAAAAUGUUAGAAAAGGUAAGCAGUCUCCAGGAAGCUGUCUGCCCAUGGGAGAGUGUUGAUCCCAGUAUACCUUCCAAAAUCCCUUCAAAGAACUUUGAUAGCACAGAAAACUUAAAGGCAGAAGUCUGUCCUUGGGAAAUGACCAAAGAAAAUGCUUCCAAAGCAGAUGAGGGCUGCAAAAGUACUUCCCCAGUGAGUUUGUCCAAAACAACUGCAAAUCUGAGAAAUUUACAGGAAGAUGUCUGUCCCUGGGACAGUGUUGAUCCCAGUAUACCUUCCAAAAUCCCUUCAAAGAAUUUUGAUAGCACAGAAAACUUAAAGGCAGAAGUCUGUCCUUGGGAAAUGACCAAAGAAAAUGCUUCCAAAGCAGAUGAGGGCUGCAAAAGUACUUCUCCAGUGAGUUUGUCCAAAACAACUGCAAAUCUGAGCAAUUUACAGGAAGAUAUCUGUCCAUGGGACAGCAGAGAGCUUCAGCAACUUUCACCAAGAUCUGGUGACCAAAGUCUGCCUCCGUACGAGAGUGGCUUAAAGAAAUCUGAUAGUAUUAAAAGUGUAAAGGUAGAUGUUUGCCCAUGGGAAACCUCAGAAGAGGUGAAGAUAUCUCCAUGGACUGAAGCCAUGCGCUCAUUUAAAACAAAAAAGCAAGUCUCAGCUGUGCUUUGCAAAGAGAAGGAAGGCAAUGCACUUAAAAGUCAAAGCUCCAAUAAAGCUUGGAGAGAAGCAGCAUUUAAAAAAAUUAAGAUAUCAAGAAGUAAUCAAGGAUCUAUUUUUCCCUCAGGAAGUAUGAUCACUGAAGAACCAACUACAAAAAGCAGUCAAAAUCCACAUCUAUUGCAAGUUAGUUCUAAAAAUACUGGAAGUGUUGAGGGUGUGAAGGCAGAGAUUUGUCCGUGGGAUUUCCAGGAGCAUCAGACAGAUGCUAAGAUUGAAGGACCACCAGAUGAAAGUACCUUUAGAAAGGAGUCAGACCAGAUUUUCAAUUAUAAAACAGAUACAAAACCUUUAAUAAGGCAGAUAAAGAGACAAGAGGAAGUAAGCAGCCCACAAGAAUCUAUUUGUCCUUGGGAGAGCAUGGCACAAAGAAGCAGCCAAAGCCCAACAUUGGCCAAAGAUGGUUCAACGAAAUCAGAGAAUGCUGAAAGAGCAGAGAUAUGUCCUUGGGAAGUUGGGGAUGAGGAAUCCAGUGGCAAGACUGAUCUCAUGGAAACAGAGCCUACAUCUAGCAGUAAUACAAUAGUAACACAGGAUAUCAGUGGAGUUUCAAAAUGCAAUAUGCUGACAAGCCCAAGCUUAAAGAAAGCCUGGAUAGAUAUGUCAGCUAAAGUAUUCAAGUCACAUAGUCAGCAAGCUACAAUUUCUUCCCAGAAAAAUAUUGACACACUCUCAUUAACACCCAACAGUAAAAGCUUAGACCUGUCCAUCAAACCUGACAAUACUAAAAGCCUAAAAACAGAAUUUGGGGAAAUGCAGGCGGCUGGAGCUACUAUGAAAGCUGAAGUAUGUCCCUGGGAAGUUACUGAAGCUCCACUGGAGAAGGAGACCUCAAGGAAAGCUUCCAAAGAGAAUGUGAAAACAGAUUCAAGAAGCUCUGUUGAAACACAGGAAACUCUGGAGGAAAGUAGCAAUUCUCUACAGUCUGAUUUAAAUGCUGCAGGCAUCGAGGUAGCCAGCAUUUCUUCAAAGACGUUUGUUGGUUCAGAAAAUAUGGAGACCUCCCUUCAAGAAGCCAAACAGUCAGAGUCAUUCAGUAAGAGAGAGAUUUGUCCAUGGGAAGCAGAAACAGAGGUACCAGCAAACACUGGGGAAAUAACCCAAAGCACGCACAUGGCUGGGCACAUGUCUUUGAGCCACAGUCUUCCAAGGGCACAGUCUGAAGGUACAAACAAGAUCCUUUCAUCAGGAAGCAGAGAGGAUAUUUUCAUAGACAACACCUUCUCUUCGGAAGCAGAGAAAGAUUCUACACUGACCAAAACUUACUCUGCAAAAAAUGAAAAAGGCUCGGAAGCCUGCUUAGGAGAGACAGAAGAAGUCAGUUCUGUGCCUGCUGUGGUAGCCCAAAGCAAAACAGAGGAGAAACCAGAGGCUCAGGAAGCAGAAGAUCCUAGCAAAAUCACAUCAAGUAUCUGUCCUUGGGAUUACAAUUGA